GGCCCCCUGGCCCCACAGCUGCGGAUGCCAGAACGCUGUGAUAAUGCUUUGGAACGCUGAGAUAAUGUUUUAGAACGCUGGAAUAUGUCUAAUGGGCACAAACUGUCAGGGUCUGGCAGUAGCCCAUCCCAGCCAAAAACAUUUCCUCCUGGGGGGAUUUCAUCAGCUUCAAAAUAUGAUGGUCUGCUCCUCACUGUGGAAAAUGUUAAAAAGCUUGAGGAAGAGUGUACAACUCCUAAAGAAGUCCUUGUUAACCAGAAGGUGGAGGAAUAUAUUAAGCAAACUAAUCUCUCUUUGCUGGAGAGAGCAAGAAGCAGAAAUACUAGUAGAGAAUUCAUCCUAGAUGAAACCGAUCCUGAAGGAGUUGCUUCUCCAACAGAGCCGGAUGAAAAAACUGGGAAAACGCAUGGGAAAACCACUAAAGAAAUUUCAAAAGCAGAAUGUCAGACAGAUUCUCCAUCAGCUCUGCAUGUUGGUUCUAAGUCAAAGGAAUCGAAGAAGUCUGUGGACAGCUCUCCCACCUCCGCUCAGAGCAGAAAGUAUGAUAUGGAAGAUCUGAUGACCCAGACAGAAUGGGGCUACUCAGCGAAGUCUCUGGAUGCCCAUGAGGAUGUAUUUGGAGAAGAGGUGAGGAGUACAGAAGUCAUAGAUGAAGAAUCCGUGUCCAUCCAAAGUCAAGACAUAGUAGUAAUCUAUACUAACUUCUCCAAAGAAAUUGAGGAGAAAGAGGAGGAAGUGGUAGUGGCAGAAGCAGCAGCUGAAAAAAGUGAGGCAGAAGAAGAGGAAUCAACUGAAAUUGAUUAUGCUGAAGGAAGAGAAGAGUAUGAACAAAUCAUACUGGAUGAGCAAGCUGCAUAUUCCACCCUUUCCAAAUCUGUAGGUGAAAGAACUGAUGGAAAUGCAGCUGAGGAAGAAAAAGGGAAGAAGCUGGAUUUUGAAGCCCUGCAUGAGCUUAUUGAAAACUUACAAGACCACUGGUCUGUUUCAGAAGAGGAAACAUCUCUCCUUGAAUCAAAGACUUAUGAUGGUGUGAAAAUAAGUACUCUAUACUUAAAGAAGGAACAUGGGGGAAGUGAAAGAGAAAUCUGUGAAUUUUGUAGUGGUCCUGUAAAGCCCUUCCCAGAAGCAGAAGAUCUGAGCAUAGUGCCCCUGGAAAAGCUCUUAUGCUGCAGGACCUACAAGACAGUAUUUGAGAGUGUGAUAAAGGAGCUGCUGAUGAAAACUGAUUCUGCUGAAGAGAUUGACAUUAGCCCUCACCCUCAUCUCUCACAAGUGCUGCUGCUCAGUGAAACCAAGAAGAAACUGGAGAAACAGUUGCGAGACAGAGGUUUUGAGAUAUACAGAGAAAUAUUUCAGCGGUAUAUGAAGUUUGCUGCCUGGACCAAAAUCUCAUUUGCAUUAGUGGACCAAAAAGACAUAAGUGCUGUUGGUGGCAAACAUAGUCGAAAGGAGUCUAGAGCUCCAGAAGACGUGCUAGAGCUGGACACUGAGAUCAGAGCAGAACACUUAAAGAAUUGUCAUGCCAGGGAGCCUGUAAGAAGAUAUUAUCCUGAUGGGCAGAUAUUCUCUCUUCUUUUCCCAGAUGGGACAGGACAGGUUUAUUAUCCAUCUGGUAACAUCGCCAUCCUGAUCACGUAUGUCAACAGAGUUCUGUUUACAUACGUCAUUCUCGAGGAUAACUCUUACACAGGGAUCCGAGCGUUCUUCACCCCUCACGGCUAUGCAACAUGCUACCAGCAGAAUAGGCUCUUCUGGAUGAUUCUGGAUUUCUGCUUUGGUUCCUACUUCGAUAAGAAAGGAGUAAAACAGAAGCACUGGCACUGGCAUGACUUCAGCCACCACGUUCAUGCUCCUCCUUUCCAGCCCAUCUCCAUGAAACUCAAUGUUUAUAUCAGCAUUAAAGUUGUGGCUCAGGACCAAAUUUAUCUCUCAUUUGUUAAAGACUCCAACAGCAUCCAUUUUAACAUGGGGACCAGGCUAAAGCUAAAAGACCCAGCCACACUCCACUUUAAGCCAGCAGAAGACCAGCUGGAGCUCUUCCUUCAUUCCAAAAGCAUCCAGAUCAAGAAGCUCCUGGCCAAGAUGCAGAAAGCAUUGCAAGACUGGCACCGUGCUCAGGUGAAAAACAUUCAAGGCCUUGCCUCUCAUCAUUUCCUGCCUGCAAACACUGUUGAAACAGAGACACUAAAUCAAUGAUUUGUAGUGGACACAAAGCUUCACAGAGCCUGCUCAGCAGUCAAGACAGCCAGUCAGUUCAUUGUAAAAGUAAAACUCAUUUUCAAGCUCUU